AUGCACACGACGUCUGGCGAACUUCUGCGACGAUGGAGUAGUCGACAACGGGUUUCGCAGCUGCUGAUGAGUCGAGAGUGUGUUGUGAUGGCCAUUUACGGUCACCACAGUUUCGUCACGUUAACGACGACGGCUAAUCAGCUCGACGAGGCUGUUGCCGAUGAUAAGGUAGAGUGCGCAUGUUUGACAAGAGAUGGUGAGUACGUGAUCACAGGAUCGGAAAAUGGACGCUGUACGGUUUGGCGCUUGUUCCCACUGCAGAAGCUAUAUGCCUUCCAGCAAGUGGACAGUGCGAUACGUUCGGUAGCAGUGUCAGCAAAUCAUCGAUUUGUUCUUGCUGGACUGGACUCUGGAUCAAUUGUUGUUUUCAAUGUCGAUUUCAAUCGAUGGCAUUACGAAUACAAAACCCGCUAUCAAGUCCAGAAAUGA